CACAGGCUGAGAAGAAUGGGUUCGCGUUCGUCUUUCGCGCCCGGCUCAUCCGCCUUGGCUUGUUGCCUGGCUGCUCUGGCGAUUUUCGCCGUGCUCUGCGAUGGAGGAACAACGAGUCCUUUUGUUAGGACAAUUUGGCCAUCAGUAGACAUGCCUUUUGACAGUGACGUGUUUGCGACGCCUCCCGGAUAUAAUGCGCCGCAACAGGUUCACAUUACACAAGGAGACCAUGUCGGCAAGGCAGUGAUUGUGUCGUGGGUGACACCCGAUGAACCCGGCUCCAAUAGGGUGCGUUACUGGAGCGAAAAGAGCCAGAAGAAGAGGUAUUCGGAAGACACUGUCGUCACCUCUUACAAGUACUACAACUAUACUUCUGGAUACAUCCACCAUUGCACUAUCAAAGAUUUAGAGCCUGAUACGAAGUAUCACUAUGUAGUCGGAUCUGGACACGUAGAGCGACAGUUCUGGUUUGUGACCCCUCCUGAAGUUGGCCCUGACGUCCCGUACACUUUCGGUCUUAUUGGGGAUCUAGGUCAGACACAUGAUUCGAAUGUGACGCUGACUCAUUAUGAGCAAAAUCCAUACAAACCAAAGGCAUUGUUGUUCCUCGGGGACCUCUCUUACGCAGAUGAUCAUCCACUGCACAACAACAUGAGGUGGGAUAGUUGGGGGAGGUUUGUUGAGAGAAGCGUGGCUUAUCAGCAUUGGAUUUGGGUUGCAGGAAAUCAUGAGAUUGAUUACUGUCCUGAAAUUGGGGAAUAUACACCAUUCAAACCAUAUUUGCAUCGGUACGAAGUACCAUACAAGGAGUCAAAUAGUUCCAGCCCUUUGUGGUACUCAGUAAAGAGAGCUUCUGCCUAUAUCAUAGUAUUGUCUUCUUAUUCGGCAUAUGCUAUAUACACUCCUCAGUACCAAUGGCUUAAAGAAGAGCUGCCAAAGGUGAACAGAAGCGAGACGCCAUGGCUGAUCGUUCUCAUGCACUCUCCAUUGUACAAUAGCUACAAUUACCACUACAUGGAAGGAGAAUCCAUGAGGGUAGUUUUUGAGCCGUGGUUUGUUGAGCACAAGGUUGACGUCGUGAUUGCUGGUCAUGUACAUGCUUAUGAAAGAACAAAACGCAUAUCAAACAUAGCCUACAACAUUACAAAUGGUUUGGCUACUCCAGACUCUAAUCCAAAUGCGCCGGUCUAUAUAACCAUUGGUGAUGGAGGCAACAUAGAAGGACUAGCAAACAACAUGACAGAGCCACAGCCAGAUUACUCUGCUUACCGUGAAGCAAGCUUUGGGCACGCCAUUUUCGACAUCAAGAACCGUACGCAUGCAUAUUACGCAUGGAAUCGCAACGAUGAUGGAAUUGCUGUAGAGGCCGAUUCUGCAUGGUUCCACAACCGAUAUUGGUAUUCGGUCGAAGAUUCCAGCUGAUUUACUAUUCUCCUGCUCGCUCCCAUGCGAAUCAAUCUAUC